AUGUUUGCGGCAGACGAGGACAUCCAGGAAGGCCAGCUGAUUGUUUUCCUCCUUCUCCAUCGUAAAUUGAAUGUCCGGGAAGACGGCGUUGAGUUGUUCUUUGAAAGUCAGCACCUGAUCCCGUUCGAUGACGACGAAGGUGUCAUCCACAUACCGAGCCCAGAAUUUCGGUCAGUGGUGUCGGAAAACCAGCGACUCCAGCCGUUGAAGGACCGCCUCUGCUAUGAGUCCCAAAAUCGGCGAACCCAUUGGCGUUCCCUUCACCUGCUCGUAGAUUGUUCCGUCGAAUGUAAAGUACGUCUUGAGACAGAACUUCAGGAGCUGGAUGAUUUGGGCGUGUCCGAGGCGAUUCUCCGUUUCGUCGUACUUCUCUCGUAG